UCCGAAUUUCACAACUACAAAGUGAGUCAUUUUGUCUAGCUAAAACAAGAAAAAAAAACUCACAGAAUAUUUCUAUUAAUAUUUCUUAUUAGUGAUUUAUGGGUUCAACCGUGAUAACUAUUCCGGCAGAUGGGGAGCUUGCUUGUCCCAAAAAUAUUCAAGACAAAGAUGAGAGGCAGAAGUUUUCCAUUUUUGGAAUUAUUUCCAAUCGUACACUUAGAGUACUUGAUCAGAAAAGCAAGCAAGAUAUGAGAAAGUUGCUUCACAGCAUCAAGGUUGGAGUUGCCCUAGUAUUGGUUUCACUUCUCUAUCUUCUGGAUCCUCUCUAUGAGCAAGUUGGAGAGAAUGCCAUGUGGGCUAUAAUGACCGUCGUCGUCAUUUUUGAGUUCUAUGCAGGUGCUACACUUAGUAAGGGCUUAAACCGUGGAUUCGGAACAAUUUUAGGAGGUGUAUUGGGGUGUUCAGCUGCAACUUUUGCCCAAGAAGUUUGUAGAAUGGGCAAGGGCAACGCCGUGAUUAUCGGUUCUUCGGUGUUUGUCAUCAGUGCAUCUGCGACAUAUUUUAGAUUAGUACCAAGUAUCAAGAAAAGAUAUGACUAUGGAGUCAUGAUCUUCAUCCUGACCUUCAAUCUAGUAAUCGUAUCGGGUUUACGUGCCGAAAAAGUGUUGGAAUUAGCUCGUGAUCGUCUUUCAACGAUCGGAAUGGGAUUUGCCGUAUGCAUAUUCAUAAGCUUGCUAGUCUUCCCUACAUGGGCUAGUGAUGAACUUCAUGACUCUACAGCUCAUAAAUUUCAACUCCUUGCAGACUCAAUUGAAGGAUGCUUGGAGAAUUACUUCAGAUUGGACAAGGAAAUUAUGAAGGAUGACCAGCCUAGGUCCAUUUCUAGUAGAUGCAAGUCGGUGUUGCACUCCAGGUCCAAGGAUGAGACACUGGCAAAUUUUGCGAAGUGGGAACCAUGGCACGGAAAGUUUGGUCUCAACUACCCCUGGACAAAAUACCUACAAGUUGGAGAGCUUCUUCGAGAGCUAGCUACCAUUGUCAUUUCCCUCAAAGGUUGUCUUCAAUCUCCUAGACAGCCGUCGUCGAGUCUGAGGCAGUCGAUCGAAGAACCCAGUGAAGCUGUAGGGUUGACACUUGCAUGGAUCCUAAGAGAGCUUGGGGAGAGCCUUGUAAAGAUGAGAAGAUGCAACCGGGAGGCUGUGAUAGUGCCCAAAUUGAAGUCAAUGAGACUAGAGAUGAGCUCGAUUGUUUCUACUUUCAAGUUUGGACCAAUAGAGAAUGUUGAUGGACUUGCAAUUGCAAGCUUUGUCUUCUUGUUGGCAGAGAUGGUUGAAAAGGUGGAAGAAUUGGGAAAGGAGAUUGAAGAACUUGGAGAGCUUGCUGGUUUUCAUACUAAAUAGCUAUAGCCAAGUCUACAUACACUUUAAUAUUCUUAACUACGGCCAUUUUCCAAUUUUUGGCCUAAAAAUCUCCAUGUAUGUUCUGAAAUUAUGGGACUUUGGAGAGGAUGCGUAGCUACCUAGGUUUACGUGUAUAUGUUAAUCAGCCGUGUAACUGAAACUAUGACAGAUUUUCAUAUAAUAGAUGGUUGAUAUUACUUCAUGAUA